CAUCGUCAUCGUCAUCUCCAUCAUUUUAACAUCACCAGCAACCAUCACAACGAUCAUCAUUAUCAUUAACAUCUUUAUCAUCCAGUGGCUAAACGACGAGUCAUAGGACCAGGGGGAGGGGGAAAACGUGUUGGGGCCCAUGAAUUUCAGUAAAGUAUUCCAAACCUCAGAACAUUAUGAAUAUUAUGGCUGAAAAACUGCAUAAACAAUGUUACACCAUGGAGAAUCUAUUUUAUUUUCUCCAUGGUUACACCGCUAAGGAAUAUAAUCAUAUUGUGUGACUAUUUGAAUCAGAACUAACUUUUAAUUCCACACCUGGGCCCCUGUGGACUGGGCUCUGGGGAUUCUUUUCUAACUCAUAUGCGUUACGCCACUGUCAUGAUGUCAUCAUAAUCACCAUCGUCAUUAUAUUCAUAAAAUAUCAUCGUAAUCGAGGCAUAAUCAUGGGAUUCCGAAUCGUCAUGAUCACCAUCAGCAUUGUUGUUUAUCGUUAGAAUUUUGCUGCCCUCUUUCUAAGGACGCGAGUGGAGGGGGUUUCCCUUUACGGUAUAGUCCAUUCGAAAAAGAGGAUUUGUUUGUCUGCAAACGUGUGUAUUUCUCUCUUAAAUUAAACCCAGCAGAUGGAAGAAUUCCAAAUUGUUAAGAGAAAGAGAAAGAAAACCAAACCAUCUUAUAAGAUUAGGCCAAAUAUUUGUGAAGACCAAGCAGCAUCAUGCACCAUUGCUGAUAUAGAGAAGGUGAUAGCCAGAAUCAAGAUAUGCAAAGAGGAAUUAAAGGAAAGUUGUUUCUGGUUAAAGUUUAAAGAAUCAGUAGAAAGGUCUUUGGAGGUAACUUCAAGCUCAUACAGGUGCCAGCAAGGUUUUAGAAGAGAUGAACCCUUGAAAGAGGAAGAAGUUGUGCCUUGUAUUACGGAUAAACUUUCAUCUCUGACGAUUAAAAACCAAGUAAUAGAGAAUUGUGAGGAAAUUGGGAACCCAACCAACGCAUGUCAGGAUGAAGACAAUUGUGAAAUAAAAAUUCGAAAAAAUGUGCGAGAUUUAUCUAGAGAAUAUGAAGUUUUAGUUGAAGCAACAACAGGAAGUAACCAAGAGGGUCAGGACCAAUCAGUACAUAGUGUAAUGCAGUCUAGUUUUUCAGUUGAUAGUAUUGUUUGUUACGGCCUUGGAAACUUCUCCUCUUGCGUCAAUGCUAGAUACCAGUUGGCUCUUCUUCUUCUUCUUCUUGAUCAUUUUCAGAUAGCACCCUCUAGAGGUUUUUGCUAUGACCCAGUAUUUACAACAGCAGAGAAUGAUAUUCUGAAAAGAUACGAUUUAUCAUGUUUAAAAUCUAAUGAGGAGGGAAAACGAAGAGUAUAUAAGCCAACAAUAUUUUUCAUGCCCCAUUGUGGGAAGCCACUUUACAACAACCUAUUGUGGUGUAACUGGGGGAAUUCACUUGCUAAUUUGAUCAUCAUUGGGAACAGUUUCCAGCAACUUGAGGAGAGGUUUCCAAGUAAAGUGUUGGAAGAGGAGGUACCAUACAUUAAAGCCAUUUUACCAUUCGUUCAUCAAGUUGAUAUUGUAAACAAUUUUAAAUUUCUUGAUGUCUUCAAUGAUAUCGGAGUUCAUGUCUUUCCAACAUCUACUCUUCAACAAGCGCCCCCAAUGAUGUGGACAUUCAAGAAGGAGCCUAGUUAUUCACACCUCACAGAUGUUGAGAUUAUUGUCAAUAAAUCUUAAUAAUGUUGAGUCAUUGUGUUUUGUAAUUCAAGUUAUAAAGUGAUAUUUUGAAUAAACUUUAUUUCAUCAAUCUGACAA